AUGAACUUACAACAGAUUAUGAGACCCAGCUCAAUUAGCGCCGACGGCAUCAAGGUCUUCGCUGGCGCUGAGCAGGAUGCCAACCUCUUCUUCAUCACCGUCGAGGCCAAGCUCAUCGCCGCUGGCAUCGACGCUGGCAUCAUCGCCGAGGGUGGUGCUGACCACCAAGGAGACGGGCAGGCUCCAGCAGCUGCCUCAUCGCCGAGCCCAAGCACCCACGGUGCUUCGGGUCCCCGCACUCGCUCCCGCGCUCAACGCGGCCCGCGCCGCACUGGCGCCCGCCACGACGUGGCGGACCAUGAUGACGACGAUGACGAGGGCGAUGGCGACGACCACGGCGCUCAGCCAUCUUCCUCCUCUUCCUCUCUCCCUUCUUCCGCCACUCCGAGCGGAGGAGCGCAGGUGGCGUCCCGAGCCUCUGGCCUGCUGGAUCCCCGUGAUCCACAGGUUGACGCAGCCAUCUUCGCGUUCCUCCUUGGCGUCCUGACGGGACACCCGCUGCGGCUGGCCAUCACCGACAAUCGUGGCCGCUCCGGUGUGCUUGCGCUGCGCCGCCUCCGCGAGCGCUACAUCCGCAGCGGCAAGGACCACGUCAGCCGCCUCAGGCAGCAGCUCUCCUCGACCACCUGGUUGCCCACGGACACCGUCGACACGUUCAUGUCCCGCAUCACGGACAUCAACUCGCAGCUCCUUGCUGCCGGCGUGUCCAUCCCGGAGGACGACCUUCGCACCCUCGUUCGCAACGAACUCCCCGCAGAGUUUGAUGUGGCGAUGCGGUUCAUGGAGCGCGAGGACCCGCCGCCAUCGCUAUCCAAGAUGACGGCGGACCUCAUCCAGGAGGAGCGCCGCCUGCAUCGACCCAAGAAGCGCACGCCUGUGCUCGCCAUCGGUGGGCCAGGCCCCGGCUCCUUCGCUGCAUCACCGAUGCACGCUGGCACGUCGCCCUCCGACACGAGCGGUGGACCAUGCUGUCCACCUGCAGAGCGCGUGACUUGCGCGUUCUGCAACUUCCGCGGCCACUGCGCGCAGCAGUGCCGCAAGCUGCAGGCGGCCAAGCGCUACCACGUCAUCGAUGUGCGGCAGAUCCUGGCUACGCUUCGCAACCACGGCAACGGCAACGGCAAGCGGCCAGGAUCCUCUCGCCCGCAGCACGGACGAGCAGCUCCAUUCAAGAAGGCGGCCGUCGUCAGCCACGGCCCUCAGCGCGUGGAGACCUUCGCCAUCCACCACGAUGCCCUCAUGCUGCAGCCCGAGGGCGAGGAGGAGGGCCACGCCAUCGGACCAAUCCCACCACAGCUAUGGCUCGCUGACAGCGGUGCCACGGCGCACAUCACCAGCGACGCCUCCCUCCUCACCAACUACAUCGCCGUCACGCAGCACGUCACCGUUGCCAACAACCAGACCGUCACGGUCAUCGGCAAGGGCGACGCCAUGCUCCGCUGUUGCCACAUCACUGAGCCAGCCACCGUCAAGGAGCGCUUGCCUCGCCAGACUCUGAGGAGUGGCGCCAAGCCAUCCUGGACGAGUUUGCGGCAAUGCAGGCCCAAUGACGUCUACGACGUCGUGCCUCGCGCUGACCUUCCCAAGGGCCACAAGCUGCUCCGCAGCAUGGUCAUCUUUCGGAAGAAGCGUGACGACCAGGGCAAGGUGAUCAAGUACAAGGCGCGCUGGGUUGCCAAAGGCUACUCCCAGGUCCACGGUGUCAACUACACGGACACCUUUGCCCCGACGGCUACCAUCGCAGCCAUCCGCACCAUGCUCGCCAUGGCCGUCGCGCGUGGCAUGAACGUCCAGCAGAUGGACGUCAACACGGCGUUCCUCAACGCGCCCGUGGAUCACGAGAUCUACGUCCAGCCACCGGCCGUCGACGGCAUCUUCUCGCCGAAUACGGUCCUGCGCCUCAAGCGCGGGCUGUAUGGGCUGAAGCAGAGCCCGCGCCUGUGGAACCACACGCUGGACGCCUGGAUGCGCGAGCAGGACUUCGUCGCCACAGCCACGGACGCCUGCAUCUACCGCCGCACCUGCAAGGGUGGCAAAGUGAUGUGGGUUGCCGUCUACGUGGACGACCUGCUCAUCUUCGCCGACAGCGACAUGGCCGCGUUCAAGAAGGCCAUCUCCAAGCGCUUCAAGAUGAAGGACCUGGGCAGCCCAGACAUAUGUCUCGGCAUCAAGGUGCAGCACGACCGCAAGGCCAGGACCGUCACCAUGAGCCAGGAGCACUACCUGCGCAGCGUGCUGGAGACCUUCGGCAUGGCUGACUGCAAGCCGGUUGGCACGCCGCUCUGCACAGGCUACGUCGACAAGCCAGCCGACAAGGAGGAGCCACUCCCGGACGUGCCGUUCCGCGAGCUGCUUGGCUCCCUCCUCUAUGCUGCGACGAUGACGCGCCCAGACAUCUCGGCGGCUGUCUCCAUCCUGUCUCGCCGUAUGCAGCACUUCGGCAUGGACCAUUGGAAGGCUGCCAAGCACCUUCUUCGCUACAUCAAGGGCACCUUGUCCUACACCAUCAAGUACGCCGCCACUGGCGACACCAGCAACGGCAGUACUGUUGACGGCGUGCUCUCAGCGUACUCGGAUGCGUCCUUCGCCUCCGACGUUGACACGCGACGUUCCCGCACGGGCUUCGUCGUCUUCUGUUCCACGGGGCCCGUGUCCUGGAACUCCAAACUGCAGGCCACCGUGGCCACAGCCUCUGCCGACGCGGAGUACAUGGCUCUCGCAGCCACCGCACAGGAACUCAUGUUCCUUCGCCAACUCCAGGAGGAGCUCACCGGCGCCGUCCUGUGCGAGCCCACGCUCGUCCACACGGACAACCAGCCGGCGCAGCGCGUUGCCGAACACGCCGCCUCGCGCAUGCGGCACAUCCUCGUCAAGUACCACUACAUCCGCGAGUGCGUCGACACCAAGAGGAUUGUGCUGAGCUACCUCGCCACGGAGCACAUGAUCGCAGAUCUCCUCACGAAGAUCCUCCCUCGGCCCAAGACGGCUCAGUUCUGCACGAUGCUGUUCGACCAGCGUCCUCUGCCAGGCUGCCAGCCACGGGCCCGUCCUCAUUCGGGCCGGUCGCCACGUCCUUCGACUCCGCGUCAGGACCUCUGA